CUUAGGGAUUGUUAGACAUGUGUAUUUAAUUUUUCGUCGAGUGACUAGAUUUUAAGAUGAGUGACGAAAAGUUACCGUUGCUGCAGAAGGCGAAGUCCAUAGAAGAAUCCAAUGAUGAACAGAGCGAGGAAAGUACGGAUUCGUUAUCAACAGCCAUCAGCUCGUUCAGGGUGCCGAUUUACGGCACGGAGACCGCGUUAAGAUAUAGCCAGGUGCCAAUUAACGAACGGAUAACAUACACGUGGCACGAAAUAAACGUUUUUACCGACCAAAGCAAACACCGCGGCAAGAAAAAGUACAUUUGCUGCGGACCCACCACCCAAGAACCUGUACCCAGAAAACAGAUAUUAACAAAUGUGAGUGGAGUGGCUCAUCCUGGCGAAUUAUUGGCAAUCCUCGGGUCGAGUGGUUCCGGAAAGACGACAUUGCUGAACGCAUUAAAUUUUAGAUCGAGCAGCAGCGUCGCCGUUCAGGGGACGCGCUGCGUCAACGACGUCCCCGUGGCGUCGACCUCAUUGACCAGCCGUUCCGCCUACGUGCAACAGGACGACCUCUUUAUCGGCACCUUGACUGUCAAGGAGCAUCUUGUUUUUCAGGCAUUGUUAAGAAUGGACAAACAUAUCUCCUAUGAGCGGAGAAUGCAUAGAGUCGAUGAAGUCAUAUCAGAGUUAGCACUGACAAAAUGCCGCAACACCCGGAUAGGCACCCCAGGAAGAGUGAAAGGCAUUUCAGGAGGCGAACAAAAACGUCUCUCAUUCGCAUCGGAGGUACUCACAAAUCCAGCCCUGAUGUUCUGCGACGAGCCCACGUCAGGGCUGGACUCGUUCAUGGCACUGAACGUGGUGCAAGUGUUGAAAAGCAUGGCGCAGUCGGGAAAAACCGUCAUAUGCACAAUACAUCAGCCUUCCUCCGAAUUAUACGCAAUGUUUGAUAAGUUACUGCUCAUGGCUGAAGGAAGAGUUGCAUUUUUGGGGACUCCUGAACAGGCUGAUUUUUUUUUUGCAGAACUUGAGGCUCCCUGUCCAAACAACUAUAAUCCUGCAGAUUAUUUUAUACAAUUACUGGCAAUAGUGCCUGGUCAGGAAAGUUCCUGUAGACAAGCUAUAGACAAAAUUUGUACCAGUUUUCAAGAAUCAGACAUAGGUGUGCAGAUUGAGCUGAAUACAGCACCUCCAAGCAAAUCUACUUAUGGUGACGUAUGGUUUAAUGGUGAAAGCCACAGUCCUUAUAAGGCCUCAUGGUGUUCACAAUUUAGAGCUGUAUUAUGGAGAUCUUGGUUGAAUGUUAUAAACGAACCACUUUUAGUCAAAGUUAGAGUAUUACAGACAAUUAUGGUAUCUUUAAUUAUAGGACUAAUAUAUUUCGGCCAAAUUUUAAACCAGGACGGUGUAAUGAAUAUAAAUGGAGUACUGUUUAUAUUUUUGACUAACAUGACAUUUCAAAACGUGUUUGCUGUUAUAAAUGUGUUUUGUUCAGAACUGCCAAUUUUUCUUCGAGAAAAUCGAAAUGGCAUGUAUAGAACAGACGUAUACUUUCUUAGCAAAACUUUGGCAGAGACUCCUAUUUUUGUGUUUAUGCCGAUGAUUUUUACUUCUAUUUGUUACUAUAUGAUUGGCUUGAACGGAGAAAUAUCCAGAUUUUUUUUGGCUUGUGCCAUUGUUACUUUAGUUGCAAAUGUGUCCACCAGCUUUGGUUAUUUGAUAUCGUGCGCAGCCAGCAGCGUUUCGAUGGCUCUUUCAAUAGGGCCACCCUUGAUCAUCCCCUUUUUACUUUUUGGGGGCUUCUUCCUGAAUAUCAAUUCCAUUCCUGUUUAUUUCACAUGGAUUUCUUAUCUGUCUUGGUUUAAAUAUGGCAACGAAGCGCUUCUUAUCAAUCAGUGGCGUAACGUCACUGAUAUUGACUGUCCAAUUGGAAACUCGACAUGCCCCAGGGAUGGUCACGUAAUUUUGGAAAUUUAUAAUUUUCAAGAGGAUCAUUUUAUUAUGAACAUAGUAAACUUGGUUCUACUUAUUUUGGGAUUUAGACUUUUUGCAUAUUUUGCAUUAUUAUGGAAAUCCUAUCAUUAUGAAAAAUAAAUUAUAUGGUAAUAUUAUUUUAUGUUAAAAUGUAAAUAAAUACUUAUUAUUUUAAUAUUAACUUGAUAUCAA